AUGAAAGCAGGCUGCUGCUGGCGCUCUUCUCUCAUCUUCGCCCUUCAUCUUGUUGUCACAGCGGCAGCAGCAAGCCAUGAAGUAUUUGAUGAAGACUUGUCGCUUCGGCCCCUACGCGACGGAAAACUCAUGGCCAAUUUCCAGUUCACGACCCACUUGAAAGGAUCGUCUCCCAGAGACCCACAAGCGCUGUCAGAUGAUGAUAACGCGCAGCAUUAUACCGUCUUCCCUCUUGCCUUGGGGCAGCUGCUCCGUGAAUACGCCGUGACGGAGCUUCAUCUCUCUCUUAACGCCGGAAGGUGGGAUUACGACGCAUGGGGGUAUCCGGAAGAAUCUGGAGUGGGCACUGGCGGAGAGUUGUGGGCGUGGAUGGGAGAGAGCACGACAUCUUCCCUUGACCGGCGAUGGUCGGGCCUGCGAAACGGGCUCGGCGGCUUGUUCUGCGCGUCAUUAGGACACCUGGACGAGCAGCGGACUACCAGCCCCUACCUCACCUUCCAGCCUGAAGGCGCGCUCCCCAACUUUACCUACCCCCACCAGCUUCGGCACGCGAUCCUCGCCUCGCAACACGUAUGCACCGAGAACCUCACGCCCUUCCUCAAGCUCCUGCCCUGCAAGUCGUCCUCUGGAAUCGCGACGCUUCUCAACCCUCACAAACUCUUCGAUGCGGAUUGGCAUGGCCUCAGCGUCCACGUGCGCUACAUUGAGGAGAUCGGAGUGGAGUUGCGACUCACCUUCCAGGGCGUCUUCGACCCGGUUCGCUAUUCCCAUGAUGCCCGCCGAGAUUGGUCGCUUCACUCGCUUUUCGACCGCACGAUCGAACGUGCUUGCCCAGUCGCUCGGCGCAGCAAGGUCCGAGUGGAGCUCCCGGGCGACCCGUCACCGUACUCGAUAACACCGGAUCCGACCACAGUCGCAAACGGGAUUGCGACAUACGAGGUCGACGCUAAAAUCGAGGCGCUCGAUGUCGCGCUUCGCUGGCCGGAGGAGGAGCACUUCGUGUAUCCGAAGUCGUCGGAGGUUCCGCCGCUGGCUGACAUCUCGGUCCACCGCACGCUCAAGGGCGUCAACCAGGCCAACGCCCAGUUCGCGCUCAGCGUGAGGAACAACCUGCCGGUCGAGGUCCGCACGGGCUACCUCGAGACCAUGCCCUGGCACCUCCAGUUCUACCUCCACACACUCGAAGCGCGCGUGGAUGGGGUCCUACGUGAUGACCUCGUGUCCGUGCUCGCCUACACACCGCCAGAGCCCCACGGGCGCCCCGCGCUCCUGCAAGCCGCGCUGACGCUCCCCGCACACGCAACCCUGGUGCUCACGAUGGACGUCGCCAAAGCCUUCCUCCGGUACACCGAGCACCAGCCCGACGCGCAGCGGGGCUGGGACCUGCCGCCGGCGGUGCUCGCACCCUUCGCGUUCGGGAACGGGUCCGCACUCAGGCCAGGCUCAGGCCGGUCGACGCGCGUGUACACGCCCGCGCUGCUCGUCGACCUCGCGACCCCGGACUUCAGCAUGCCGUACAACGUGAUCAUCAUGAGCUGCACGCUCAUCGCGCUCAUCUUCGGGAGCGUGUUCAACCAGCUCACGCGGCGCUUCGUCGUCGUCCGCCUCGACCGUGCGAGUGCCACGCCCGAUCCGAAGGCGGAUGCGGGGGUGGCGGAGUCGCCACGGGACGAGGGCCGCGAUCGGUGA